AUGGCUGAUGACGAAAAGACGCAAACCAAGUUUGUCGACCAUGCCGAAUAUGGGACAUAUGCACCCGAUGUUGCCCUCAUCGAAGCUGCCGCCGCCGCAAGCGAAGAGGAGGGCAACCUUCCCCGAAAGGAACUCUUUUCGCGGUACUGGCCAGCCGCCACAUUCAGUAUGCUCCUCAGCUUAGCUCUUGUCAUGGAGGGCAUGGACGUCGGCCUCAUCAACAAUUUCUUCGGACACCCUGCCUACAUAAAUAAAUUCGGUUGGCCCGAUGCUAACGGCAAGCAACACAUCUCGGCUUCGUGGCAGGCGGCUAUUGGUAACGGCAACAAUUUGGGUAGCAUCAUUGGUCUCUUGCUGAACGGCUGGCUGCAGUCCCGUUACGGUUCUCGCAGGGUGUAUAUGGGAGCGAUGGCUGUCAUGGGCGCAACCAUCUUCGCCCUGUUCUUUGCCGUCAAUGUCCAGAUGCUCUUUGCUGCCAACAUUCUAUGUGGUAUCCCAUGGGGUGUCUUUCAAACACUCACUACCGCCUACGCUGCCGAAAUUUGCCCUGCUGCCAUGCGCGGAUACCUUACGGCGUGGGUAUCCAUGUGCUGGGGGGCUGGUUCCUUCUUGGCCACUGGUGUUCUUCGCGGCUCCAUCGACCUUGAGGGAGACCUUGGGUGGAAGGUCCCCUAUGCAUUGCAAUGGGUUUGGAUCAUUCCUCUGUUUAUCGUAGGGUUUCUGUCCCCUGAAAGUCCCUGGUACCUUGUCCGCAAAGGUCGCAUUGAGGAGGCUGAGAAGUCUCUCCGCCGUCUCGCGCGAAAGAAUCACUACACAGAGCAGUCCAUGGCCGAGACUUUGGCUCUCAUGAAGCACACCAACGAGAUGGAGAAGAUCGAAGCGGCAGGCGCCACUUACAAGGAUUGUUUCCAUGGAACCAACCUCCGUCGAACAGGUGUUGUAUGUAUGGCCUGGAUCAUCCAAAUUCUCAACGGCCAAUCCAUCUGCUCUUACGCCACUAUUUUCUUGCAAUCAGCUGGUAUGCCCACGACGCAAUCUUUCAACUACAAUAUGGGUAUUCAAUCAGUAAACAUUUUCGGCACAGCCAUUGCCAUUGUCCUGAUGGGCAGGAUCGGGCGUCGCAUCUUCUUCUUCUUCGGAUCCUCUAUCAUCGGUGGCCUCAUGCUAGUUGUUGGUAUUCUCGGAUCUGUCAACGUUUCAGCAUCUAACGUCGCCCUCGGUGUGGCCAUUGUCUUGAUCAUCACCAACCUUACCUUCAAGAUGUCACUUGGUCCAACGACUUAUACCAUCGUGGGUGAGACCUCCUCUAGCCGUGUCCGAGCUCAGACCAUCGUUCUCGGUCGUGCAGUCUAUGUCAUAGGUCAGAUCGUCAUUCAACAGCUCAAUCCGCGUAUGCUUAAAAGUGGCGGUGACGCGUGGAACUGGGGUGCAAAAGCUGGUUUCUUAUACUUUGGGUUUUGCUGUAUCUGGGCAGUAUGGAUCUUUUUCUUCCUGCCCGAGACCAUGAAUCGCAGCUUUGCUGAACUGGACUACCUGUUCCAGAAGAAAGUUCCUGCGCGCCAGUUCGCGACCUAUCCUGUUGAUCUUUUUGAGCUUACUGGCGGCAGUGGUAACACCAAGAAGCUCGAUGAUGAUCAUCUCGAGAAGAAUGUCAGCGAGAUCCGGGAGGAAAGACGUGUAUAA